GGGAAGGGUGUUGGUCUCCAUGGCGAUGCUGGCCGCCUCCGCUUCAGCGCCUAAUUGACAGGAAGGGUCGGCGCUGGGCUUUUAAUUGUGGGGGCUUGUGCAGUUAUGGGCAGGCGGAUGGUGCGGGGAGCGGGUGACGCGCGUCCAGGGGAGGGUGGGGGCGUUUGUGUUGACACUGCCCGGGCACGUUACAAUGGAGACACUGUCUCUGACCUCAUGGGCCAGUUUGGAGAAAGAUGACUGAGUUGGAGCCCGCUCAAAUUUGCAGGGAGGGACGGGGUGGGGGGUGGGGGGACCCCGGUUGUGCAGUUUUAUAUUGAGGGAGCCCCCACCUACUCGCCGGGGCUCCAUAAUCUGAACGUUUCCAAACUGAAGCGAAGGCGUCGGGAGACUAGGCCUCAGAGAACCAUGGCUGCUGCCAAGGGAAUUGCCAUAGGUAUCGACCUGGGCACCACCUACUCCUGUGUGGGGGUGUUCCAGCACGGCAAGGUGGAGAUCAUCGCCAAUGACCAGGGCAACCGCACCACCCCCAGCUACGUGGCCUUCACAGACACCGAGCGGCUCAUUGGGGAUGCGGCCAAGAACCAGGUAGCCAUGAAUCCCCAGAACACUGUUUUUGAUGCCAAACGUCUGAUCGGCAGGAAAUUUAAUGAUCCUGUUGUGCAAUCAGAUAUGAAACUUUGGCCUUUUCAAGUGAUUAAUGAAGGAGGCAAGCCCAAAGUGCUUGUGUCCUACAAAGGGGAGAAUAAAGCUUUCUACCCUGAGGAAAUCUCUUCGAUGGUACUGACUAAGAUGAAAGAGACUGCUGAGGCGUUUUUGGGCCACCCUGUCACCAAUGCAGUGAUUACCGUGCCAGCCUAUUUCAAUGACUCUCAACGUCAGGCUACUAAGGAUGCAGGUGUGAUUGCUGGACUUAAUGUGCUACGAAUCAUCAAUGAGCCCACAGCUGCUGCCAUUGCCUAUGGUUUAGAUAAAGGAGGUCGAGGAGAACGACAUGUCCUGAUUUUUGAUCUGGGUGGAGGCACAUUUGAUGUGUCAAUUCUGACCAUAGAUGAUGGGAUUUUUGAGGUAAAGGCCACUGCUGGGGACACUCACCUGGGUGGGGAGGACUUUGACAACAGGCUUGUGAGCCACUUCGUGGAAGAGUUCAAGCGGAAGCACAAGAAGGACAUCAGCCAGAACAAGCGAGCCGUGAGGCGGCUGCGCACAGCCUGCGAGAGGGCCAAGAGGACCCUGUCGUCCAGCACCCAGGCCAACCUAGAAAUUGAUUCACUUUAUGAAGGCAUUGACUUCUACACAUCCAUCACCAGAGCUCGAUUUGAAGAGUUGUGUGCAGACCUUUUUAGGGGUACCCUGGAGCCUGUAGAAAAAGCACUUCGGGAUGCCAAGAUGGAUAAGGCUAAAAUCCAUGACAUUGUUUUAGUAGGGGGCUCCACCCGCAUCCCCAAGGUGCAGCGGCUGCUUCAGGACUACUUUAAUGGACGUGAUCUCAACAAGAGCAUCAACCCUGAUGAGGCAGUAGCAUAUGGGGCUGCGGUACAGGCGGCCAUCCUGAUGGGGGACAAGUCUGAGAAGGUGCAGGACCUGCUGCUGCUGGACGUGGCUCCCCUGUCGCUGGGGCUGGAGACGGCCGGGGGUGUGAUGACUGCCCUGAUCAAGCGUAACUCCACCAUCCCCACCAAGCAGACACAGAUCUUCACCACCUACUCCGACAACCAACCCGGGGUGCUGAUCCAGGUAUACGAAGGUGAGAGGGCCAUGACGAAGGACAACAACCUGCUAGGGCGCUUUGACCUGACUGGAAUCCCUCCAGCACCCAGGGGAGUUCCUCAGAUCGAGGUGACGUUUGACAUUGAUGCCAAUGGUAUUCUCAAUGUCACAGCCAUGGACAAGAGCACAGGGAAGGCCAACAAGAUCACCAUCACCAAUGACAAGGGCCGCCUGAGCAAGGAGGAGAUUGAGCGCAUGGUUCUGGAUGCUGAGAAAUAUAAAGCUGAAGAUGAGGUCCAGAGGGAGAAAAUUGCUGCAAAGAAUGCCUUAGAAUCCUAUGCUUUUAACAUGAAGAGUGUUGUGAGUGAUGAAGGUUUGAAGGGCAAGAUCAGUGAGUCUGAUAAAAAGAAAAUACUGGAUAAAUGCAAUGAACUUCUUUCGUGGCUGGAGGCCAAUCAACUGGCAGAGAAAGAUGAGUUUGAUCAUAAGAGAAAGGAAUUGGAGCAGAUGUGUAACCCCAUCAUCACAAAACUCUACCAGGGAGGAUGCACUGGGCCUGCCUGUGGAACAGGGUAUGCGCCUGGAAGGCCUGCCACAGGCCCCACAAUUGAAGAAGUAGAUUAAUUCUUUUUGGAACUGAAGCAUCCUAGGAUGCCUCUACGUGUAUUUCAUUCCCCUCAUCUUCAAACAUCAUUAUUAUUCUUGACCAGACCUGAACCUAAGUUACCAUCCCUUGGGAAUUCUGGAGGAGGAGUCUCAUGCACCACCUAUCACACUCCCUCAUAUCCUGUUUCUGACUCUGGAAUGGACUCAGGAAAACUAGGCCCCUCUUUAAACCGUGUGAUGUAUUUGAAUGUCUGUUAUUUCCAGCCACCCUAACAUUCUUUUUCCUGUGUGGAUGCUUAUUUGUCAAUCAGUAAAUUUGUUCCUAAAGGAAAUUACUUCUGGUGUUUAGGCUGUGAAUGUACCUCGAAGGGGAGAGUUCAUGGAGAGAGCAUGUGUUCUCUGAUUGUGAGCUCACUGUGAAUGAUUAAAUUAGUAAGGGUAAAGUA